GCAAAGCAACAUGAUGAAAAAGUUUGCAACAAUAUUAGUGCUUUUGACUAUAUUACUAAAAGUGUCUGAUGGCGAAGGUCGUGUGGUGUGUUAUUUUCCUAGUUGGGCAAUUUACAUUCCUGAUAACGGAAAAUUCCAAGCGAAAAACAUAGAUCCAAAUAUCUGCACACAUGUUAUUUAUAGUUACAUCGGACUGAACCCAAAUGGCGCAGUACUAAUUCUAGACGACUGGGAGCACACACUUUUAGAGGAAGUAGCACACUUGAUGGGUUUGAAAGAUGUAAAUCCGGACUUAAAAGUACUUGCUUGUAUGGGUGGCUGGAAUGAAAAUUCUGCAAUUUACUCACAAGUGUCUGCGCACCCAGAAAAACGGUCUACCAUGGUCCAAAGUGUUCUUACUUAUUUGCAAAAAUACGGUUACGAUGGAUUCGCGCUCGACUGGGAGUUUCCAGGUCAGCGUGGAGGCGAUUCCGAUAAAGAUUCUAGUAAUUUUGUCACUCUUUUGAAGGAGUUGAAAACUGCCCUCAACGCUGAAGGUCUCACCCUUUCAGCGGGUGUGUCUGCAACGCCUGAAUCAAUGAACAUCUCUUAUCCUGAUGUUAAAGCAAUUUCUGAUAAUUUAGAUCAAAUUAAUAUAUUGUCGUUCGAUGACGGUUACUCUGCUGGGAUUUCAAACGUUGAUGGUGAUAUUAAGCGGUGGCUGGAUGGCGGUGCCGAUCCUCGUAAACUUAACAUUGGUGGUUCAACGUAUGGACGUAGCUUUAAUGCGAGCGAGGCAACAGGCACAUUGGGAUACAAUAAGAUUUGUCAGUUUGAUUCCGAUUGGAAGUAUGUUUGGGACGAUAAACUUCAAGUUCCAAAUAAAAUUAAAGACGACCAAAAAAUUGUAUAUGAAGACGCAAAAUCCCUUGGAAUCAAAGCUGAUGUUGCCAUUGAGUAUAAUUUAGGAGGAGUGGCUGUCUGGUCAGUAUCUACAGAUGACUUUUUAGGAUUAUGCGGAGAUAGUUAUCCGCUUAUUACUUCCUUAUAUAAUCAUUUGAAUUAAAAUGCUUGCAGAAAAACUUCUGGAACAUGUAUGUACUUCUAUGUAAGAAUUUAAAUUGAAGAAAAUAAAAAAAUACACCAAUCAUAAA